AUUUGACCAUGCCUGCCCUUUUUUUCCCUCCGAUGUUAUCAUGCAUGCACCUAGAUGGAAAUCCUUCCAGCAUGCUUGAGUUGACUGGCUAUCCGACGAAUCGCAUGCGCUCGAUUACGCCAAGUACCUGUCGGCCAGAUAUGGUAAAACUUCGCGCCGAGUAUAUCACCGCUGUGCGCUUCUUCGAGGGAUCAUCGAGUUGCAGCGUUUAGAAAGAUAACACGUUUGAGGUCUCGUCGUCUGCAACCUUCUCUCCAUCUUCUGCCUGGAUGCUGUUUGUGUGUCUAGUUUCAUCAGUAGAAUGGAUAAGACUCGAACCUUUACUAAAGUCGGGCAAAGCAUUCCAUUCUGGUAUUCUUGGCACGUCUUCUUCCGGCAUCUGACACUGUUCGUUGCAGUUGUACUUGUCUUGUCCAACGGUUUCCGGUGGAUCACACCUCAAACCCACGUUUUCUACGAGGCAAACUUAUCACCAGCGGCGCCAUUCGAAUGGUCGAGAGUAAACCCCACAAAAUCAUUUGGCUUUGUUUCCUGCUACGGUGAAUAUGAGUGCGCUCGUCUCGAUGUUCCGCUAGACUGGACCGCCUCAACUGAGGUCCAGGGAAAGCAACGUGCCGGCAUUGCUGUGAUACGACUGCCAGCCAAGGUCCCCGUAACAUCACCUCGUUAUGGAGGCGCCAUUCUGAUCAACCCCGGCGGUCCUGGGGGCUCAGGUGUUAACAUGCUACUCAGUGUGGGCAGGCAGAUACAGAAAGUUGUUGACACAGGUUCAUAUAGCUCCGAAGAGGACGGCACAAAUCAGAUGUCUUAUGACAUCAUUGGAUUUGACCCCCGAGGAGUAAAUCAUACCACACCAAGCCCAUCUUGUUUUCCAGACGACGUGUCGCGCCAAUUCUGGGACAUAGGACGUAAGGCUGCAGGCAGCCUUGGGGAGAAUAGCACUUUCCCCUUGGUGUGGAGUAGGAACAAAGCUCUGGCCGAAAGUUGCUCCCGCACGUUGCGUGAGCAAUGGGAUGGCAUCGGCAUGUACAUGAAUACGCCACAAGUGGCAAGCGAUAUGGUGGCUAUUAUCGAAGCCCUAGGCGAGUGGCGAGAGAAGCAAGCUCAAGAACAGAUUAGGAAAAUGAAGCAGAGCCGUGAGCAAGUUGCAGAGAUAGAGGCGCGGACCAGAUGGAACAAAUCAAACGAAAGUUUACUCUUCAUGGGCUUUUCGUAUGGUACCUUGCUCGGGUCUACUUUCGCCACAUUGUUCCCUGAAAAAGUCAACAGACUGGUGCUGGACGGCGUAUGUGAUGCGGAUGACUACUACUCUGGUACGUGGCUGUCGAAUCUGCUCGACACAGACUUGAUCAUCGGGAGCUUCUUCAGGCAAUGCCACGAAGCCGGACCGGUUGAGUGUCCGCUCUGGUCAGCCAAUGGCGUCGACGGUAUCAGAGUGAGAUAUCAUGGCGUGCUGGACAGGCUGAAGAGUAGCCCGCUGCCUGUGGAAGCGUUUGGUACCUACAGUGCAGAUGUGAUCACAGUCUCCGACGCCAUGGAUGUCGUUCGCGAAGCCGUAUAUCAGCCAAUGAAGUUCUGGCCUACCUUGGCUAGCGUGUUUGAUCAGCUGGAUAAGGGGAACGGCUCUGAGCUCGCUGCCGCGAAGCAGGAUGGCCGCAUUUCGUACUGCCGCUCUCCGACCUGCGUCAAGAAUCCGUACUCGGAUGACUGCUAUGCUCACAACGAGGGAUUUCGCGAAGAGUUGAGUGCAGCGAUCCUUUGUACCGACGGCCCUGCCGAUCAGCUGAAGUGGAAAAGUGAAGACCACUUCGCAAAGUGGCAUGCCCUGCGCGGACAGUCUCGAGCGUUGGGAGACUUCUGGGCGGAGAUCACUAUGUUCUGUGCAAAUUGGAAUGUCAGGCCCAGGUGGAACUUCACCUACCCAACGACUUCACGAACGACAUCGGUGAACACAAGCUUUCCCAUCUUAUUUGCCAGCACCGUACGAGAUCCUGUCACUCCCCUGAGGAACGCGAAGAAGAUGCAGACAAGGUUUUCUGGGGCAGGUUUGCUGACGGUUGAGGCAGACGGCCACUGCACAAUUGGAGUUCCCAGCCUGUGCGCCGCGAGGACAAUCAGUGCGUACUUUCAGAAAGGAGACAUUCCCGCAGAUGGGUUGGUAUGCGCGCCCGACAGUUCUCCCUUUGAUAGGAACACGAACACUGGGACAUUGGAAAGACAUUCGCGGGAGCUGCUUGAGGCUCUUGAUCACAUUCAAAGACAUACAAGGGCCAGUGAGGCGAUGCCGUUGGGUAUAUUGUAAGAAGACGAAAAAAAUGAACAGUAUUGCAUUGGGC